GAUUGGGACCGGUGGGGUCCUACUGUCAGUGUAGUUCAUCGUAUUCGGUGACAAGUGUCCCCUACCAGAGUUAUUUGACCGCAGCUGCUUACUGUUCUUUGGCUAUCAACAUGUCCCGUUGCCUCGCAUUGGUCCGGUGCGGUAUAACUUUGUCCACCAGAAGUACUUCGAGGGUACCGCCAUGUACACGAAGGCUGAGCGGUUCUGUCUCGCCAUCCUUGGCCAGGGUGGUCCAGGUGGGACCCCAGCAGAGGUGGAGCAGUCGGCCCAAACUGUGGCACUCUCAGCAGGCGUUCUCUUGGAUCAGCCAGCAGCCUUCCUACAGCACGCAGGAGGCUGAAAAGGAGCCUGAGGAGGAACCCUUGCACACCAUCAUCACAGAUUCUGAGUCUGUGCAAGGCACCUUCUCCAAACAUGAAUUUCAGGCUGAGACAAAAAAGCUUCUGGACAUUGUUGCCAGGUCCCUGUACUCCGAGAAGGAGGUGUUCAUCAGGGAGCUGAUCUCCAAUGGCAGCGACGCUCUGGAGAAACUACGCCACAGACUGAUCACGGCAGGCGGCGAGACCGCUCCCAUGGAGAUCCACCUGCAGACUGACGCCGCCAAGGGCACCUUCACCAUACAGGACACGGGAGUGGGGAUGACCCAAGAGGAGCUCGUUGCCAACCUGGGAACCAUAGCACGCUCCGGUUCAAAGGCGUUUUUGGACGCUCUGCAGAAUCAGACGGAGGCCAGCAGCACCAUCAUCGGGCAGUUUGGCGUGGGGUUCUACUCGGCCUUCAUGGUGGCCGACCGUGUGGACGUCUACUCCCGGUCGGCUGAGGCCGGAUCACCCGGAUACAAGUGGUCCUCCGAUGGCUCUGGAGUGUUUGAGCUGGCUGAGGCCGGCGGCGUUCAGCAGGGCACAAAGAUUGUGUUGCACCUCAAAGACGACUGCAAGGAGUUUUCCUCCGAGGACAGAGUUAAAGAUGUGGUGACAAAGUACAGCAACUUCGUCAGCUUCCCCAUCUUCCUCAAUGGACGGCGGCUUAACACGCUGCAGGCCCUGUGGAUGAUGGACCCCAAAGAGAUCAGCGACUGGCAGCACGAGGAGUUCUACCGCUACGUGGCUCAGGCGUACGACAAGCCGCGCUACAUGCUCCACUACCGCACCGACGCCCCGCUCAACAUCCGCAGCAUUUUCUACGUCCCUGAAACGAAGCCGUCCAUGUUUGACGUGAGCAGGGAGAUGGGCUCCAGCGUGGCGCUCUACAGCAGGAAGGUUCUCAUUCAGACCAAAGCCGCCGACAUCCUGCCCAAGUGGCUGCGCUUCCUGCGGGGGGUUGUGGACAGCGAGGACAUCCCCCUCAACCUGAGCAGAGAGCUGCUGCAGGAGAGCGCCCUCAUCAGGAAGCUUCGUGAUGUCCUGCAGCAGCGUGUGAUCCGCUUCCUGCUGGAGCAGAGCAAGAAGGAGCCAGAGAAGUACAACAAGUUCUUCGAGGACUACGGCCUCUUCAUGCGGGAGGGCAUCGUCACCACGCAGGAGCAGGACGUCAAGGAGGACAUUGCCAAGCUGCUCCGCUUUGAGUCGUCGGCGCUGCCGGCGGGUCAGCACACCAACAUGAUGGAGUACGCCUCCCGCAUGAAGGCGGGGUCACGCAACAUCUACUACCUGUGCGCCCCCAACCGCCAUCUGGCGGAGCACUCUCCUUACUUUGAAGCCAUGAAGCAGAAAGACAUGGAGGUGCUGUUCUGCUACGAGCAGUUCGAUGAGCUGACAUUGCUCCACCUGCGGGAGUUUGACAAGAAGAAGCUGAUCUCGGUGGAGACGGACAUCGUGGUGGACCACUACAAGGAAGAGAAGUUUGAGGACAGCAAAGCAGCGACGGAGCGUCUGACGCAGGAGCAGGCGGACGACCUGAUGGCCUGGAUGAAGAACGCCCUGGGCCCCCGCGUCACCAACGUCAAGCUUACCCCCCGCCUGGACACGCACCCCGCCAUGAUCACCGUGCUGGAAAUGGGCGCGGCCCGACACUUCCUGCGCACGCAGCAGCUGGCCCGCAGCGCCGAGGAGCGAGCGCAGAUCCUGCAGCCCACGCUGGAGAUCAACUCCGGACACGACCUCAUCAAGAAGCUCCACGCGCUCAAGGACUCCAACUCUGACCUGGCAGCUCUGCUCCUCGAUCAGAUUUAUGACAACGCCAUGAUCACGGCCGGCCUGAACGACGAUCCCCGACCCAUGAUUUCCCGCCUCAACGACCUGCUGACCAAAGCUCUGCAGAAGCACUGAGACCGACGUGUAGACUUUGGACUCUGUAGACCCGUUAGCAGCCACUAGUGGUGUGAAGGUGAAACACGUUUUUGUAAAUACAAGCAGGCUUGUUCCUGAGGGAGCUGAUUCUAAAAUAAGCGACAGGCUUCUUCAAUUGUGUCGAAUCUUUUUACUGCAUCUGAAACAUAAGAAAUGACCAGCGAGCGCUGAGCGACGCCGUCCAGUGUUGGUCUGAAGUUCAAGUCCGCGCUUCGUGCAGCGCCACUAAACGUCUUCGUGACGUCAGCCUCUUGCAUGCUCAGCGGGGGGUGGGGGCUGCUGGCCCUCAUCUCCCAGUAACACUUCCUGCUUUGGUGCAGCUGACCUGAGACCUCGUCAAGGUCCACAUCUCUUCAAGAAACGUCAGGAUAGUUUGUCUAUGUUGGCCAGGAAGCGCUGCGCCCACCACUCAUCCAGAUCUAGGGGCACGAAGGCUGAAAGAACAACAACAUGGCAGCCAAUGUUUUAUCUCUUUGUUUUGUUAUACACAACAUUUCUUUACAUGUAUCUACUCAUCACCAAUAAGUUGAAUAAAUAAGUUUUAUCCAAGGUUGAUUUGUUUAGGACCCCAACAAAAUCUCAACAUGAGGGCAAAACAAUGAAGCGUAAAAAUAGCUGGUUUUUAAUUUUAACAGUGGUACAUAUACUGUAUUUAUUAUCAUGUAUUUCACGUGGGACAAAACUGCCUUUUUUUAAACCCCAAAUAAUUUGCAAAGUUGUGAAUGCUGACUGUUAUGAAUUAUGCAUUAAACUAAAUCUACUUUGUCA